ACGUUGAAGGUUGUCUUUAAUAAUGAUAAGAAAUCCCCAAAAAGGAGUAAUCUUUAUCUAUAUUUUCAGUAUCUACAUCUUCCCUUGUGUCAUCUCUUUGUCUGUCUUUGUUUUACAGCUUUCCUUCUGUCGUGGCGUUUUAGAGUGACUCAAUUACUCUCCUAAAAGCCAAUUCUUCAUACUUGUCCUCCUCUCACAGUCCCCACUCAUCAUCAAAUUCUUACCUGCUACUCCUACUUUGAAUCUGGAUCGGACAUUCCAAAAUUGCAGGAAGACACAAAUUCAGAUGUAUUAUUGCAUGCUCAAUGCUCUGAUACUUGACAGCAUUCCAUAAAGAGAAAGCAAAACCAACCAAAGUCCAGCUGCACGAAAUAAUGAGUGCUACUAAGGUUAAGCGUGUGGUAGGGAAAUAUGAGUUGGGGAGGACAAUUGGUGAAGGAACAUUCGCCAAAGUGAAAUUUGCACGAAAUUCUCAAACCGGGGAUCCAGUGGCUAUCAAAAUUCUUGACAAAGAGAAAGUUCUUAGGCACAAGAUGGCUGAACAGAUAAGGAGGGAAGUAGCAACAAUGAAACGAAUAAAACAUCCAAAUGUAAUUCGUCUGUUUGAGGUGAUGGGAAGCAAGACAAAAAUCUACAUUGUUCUGGAGUACGUGACAGGAGGGGAGCUUUUUGACAAGAUUGUACACCAUGGACGAAUGAUGGAAGAUGAAGCAAGGAAGUAUUUUCAGCAGCUAAUAAAUGCUGUCGAUUAUUGUCACAGCAGGGGUGUGUACCAUAGAGACUUAAAGCCAGAAAAUUUGUUGCUAGAUGCCAGUGGGAAUCUCAAGGUUUCUGACUUUGGCUUGAGUGCAAUCUCUCAGCAAAUCGAGGAUGACGGACUUCUUCAUACAACUUGUGGUACGCCAAAUUAUGUUGCUCCAGAGGUCCUGAACGACAGAGGCUACGAUGGGGCGACAGCAGACUUGUGGUCGUGCGGCGUCAUCCUAUUUGUAUUGCUCGCAGGUUACUUGCCUUUUGAUGACUCUAAUCUUAUGAACCUAUAUAAAAAAAUCUCAGUGGCCGAGUUUACCUGUCCACCUUGGAUGUCCUUCAGCGCAAAGAAAUUUAUUACUCGGAUCUUAGAUCCCAAUCCUAUGACGCGCUUAACUAUCCCUGAAAUUCUAGAGGAUGAGUGGUUCAAAGUAGAUUAUAAACCUUCUGUAUUCGAUGAUAAAGAUGAUACUAGCUUGGAUGAUGUAGAUGCAGUUUUCCAAGACUCAGAAGAACACCAUGUGACUGAAAGGAGAGAACAGCCGACUGCCAUGAAUGCAUUUGAUUUGAUUGCUAUGUCAAAAGGGCUAAACCUAGGAAAUCUUUUUGAUACAGAACAGACUUUUAAAAGGGAAACAAGAUUCACGUCUAAGUGCCCUCCCAAUGAAAUCAUAAAAAAGAUCGAAGAAGCUGCAAAACCGCUGGGAUUUGAUGUGCACAAGAAAAAUUACAAGAUGAGGCUUGAAAAUUCAAAAGCUGGUCGGAAGGGAAACCUCAAUGUGGCUACGGAGGUACUGCAAGUCGCCCCAUCGCUUCAUCUGGUCGAGGUUAGGAAAGCCAAGGGUGAUACUUUAGAAUUCCACAAGUUCUAUAAAAAGCUUUCGAGUUCAUUGGAGGAUGUUGUUUGGAAAACGGAGGAAGACAUGCAAAAAGCAGACAAAUAAUGAAGCGUUGUCACGCUUAAGUUUGUCCAACGUCGCAAUCAGUCGCCUCUGGUGGCGGUUCUCAUGGCUUGUUUCACGUGGUGUUCCUAUUGUGUUAUUAAUAAACCCCCUCAUGUUCAAGUUUUCCCGAUGUUUCUUUUGUGUCUAUGAGUUCGUGCAGUUUACCAGAGUUGAGUUUAGCGAGGAUUUGUUUAUUGUAUCGGAAAGCAUUUGAGGUGUACAGUGAUUUGAAGCUAUAUACGCUACCCUUGUAAAGAUAAGAACAAUGAACAUAUUAGUGAGUAGUGACAAUGUGAAACACCGGAGAAGUUCUUUUUAACCUUAGAUCUUUGUUGGA